CGUCCCGCUCCCCGCGCUGUUUUCCUGGUUAAGAUGGCGGCCCCCGUGGCAGCGCAGGCCCGGAAACUUCUGAGAGACCUUGCUCUCCGGACCCCGCUCCUGACGGCCAGGUCCCAGAAAUGGGAGGAGAAAGAUGGAUGUCUGGCUUUUACAAGUGAAGGACUGAAGCUUAUGUGCAAGUUUUUAUUGGCUAAAUGUGGCCAUGGAGGCUGCGUUGAAAGUUGUGACUUACCUUUAUUUGCCUUCUUGCCUAGAAGAAUAAAUAUCUGACUCUUUUCUUUUUUAAAAUGAAGUACAGAUGCAGCUUCUGCUGUUAGAAAAGGAAAUGCAUCUCAAGCAAUUUAGUUGUUAAACUACUGACUUCUGUGUGGGGAAGACCUUUAAGUGAUAGCUUUUGUCCCAAAUUGGUUUUGUUUAUUAGAAGUGAAACAUUUCUUUCAUGGAUGAGUGAUGGAGUACACCACCCAUAAUGGUGGUUCAAUUAACCCCAAGAAGAUGGCUGAACCUGCAGGAAUACCAGAGCAAGAAACUGAUGUCUGACAAUGGAGUGAAAGUUCAAAGGUUCUUUGUAGCAGACACUGCCAGUGAAGCUCUUGAGGCUGCUAAGAGACUAAAUGCAAAAGAAAUUGUUUUAAAAGCCCAGAUCUUAGCUGGAGGAAGAGGAAAAGGUGUCUUCAGUAGCGGUUUGAAAGGAGGCGUUCAUUUAACAAAAGACCCUAAAGUUGUAGGACAGCUGGCUAAACAGAUGAUUGGGUAUAAUCUGGCAACAAAACAAACUCCAAAAGAAGGUGUGAAAGUUAACAAGGUGAUGGUUGCUGAAGCCUUGGACAUUUCCAGGGAAACCUACUUGGCCAUUCUGAUGGACCGGUCCUGCAAUGGCCCCGUGCUGGUGGGCAGCCCUCAGGGGGGUGUUGACAUUGAGGAGGUGGCAGCUUCAAAUCCAGAACUUAUUUUUAAGGAGCAAAUUGACAUUAUUGAAGGGAUAAAGGACAGCCAAGCUCAGCGGAUGGCGGAAAAUCUAGGCUUCCUCGGGCCUUUGAAAAACCAGGCUGCAGAUCAAAUUAAGAAGCUGUAUAAUCUAUUCCUGAAAAUUGAUGCUACUCAAGUGGAAGUGAAUCCCUUUGGUGAAACUCCAGAAGGACAAGUUGUCUGUUUUGAUGCCAAGAUAAACUUUGAUGACAAUGCAGAAUUCCGACAAAAGGACAUAUUUGCUAUGGACGACAAAUCAGAGAAUGAGCCCAUUGAAAAUGAAGCUGCCAGAUAUGAUCUAAAAUACAUAGGAUUGGACGGAAACAUUGCCUGCUUUGUGAACGGUGCUGGACUCGCCAUGGCUACCUGUGACAUCAUUUUCCUGAAUGGUGGGAAGCCAGCCAACUUCUUGGAUCUUGGUGGUGGUGUAAAGGAGUCUCAAGUGUAUCAAGCAUUCAAGUUACUCACAGCCGAUCCUAAGGUUGAAGCCAUCCUAGUCAAUAUUUUUGGCGGAAUCGUCAACUGUGCCAUCAUUGCCAACGGGAUCACCAAAGCCUGCCGGGAGCUGGAACUCAAGGUGCCCCUGGUGGUCCGGCUUGAAGGAACCAAUGUCCAUGAGGCCCAGAACAUUCUCAGUAACAGCGGACUCCCCAUUACUUCAGCUGUCGACUUGGAGGAUGCAGCCAAGAAAGCUGUGGCCAGUGUGGCUAAGAAGUAGUGCCUUUGUCCUGAUUGCUCAGAAGAAGUGCAUUUACUCAUAAAAAGGAAUGGUUUUCUCAUCACUGUGAAGAAAAUGGUUAUCCUACAGGGAAAAAAACUGGGGGCAGGGAAGAGCAAGAACCACUGUAUAAAAAACUUCAAUCUGUAUUUUCUGGAAUAUCUAGAGAGCCUAAUUAAUUUGAUUUCCCUUGUAGUCUUUAUUAAAUUAAUACCUUAUUCUCAUACUUUUCUGUCAUGGGGAGCCAGCUCGGUAGGCAUUGUUUUGCCAACUUUGGGGAGCAGUCUAUGUGACCAACCAGUGUCCAUAUAUACAGCAUUUGAGAUCAAGCCCUGGUUCAUUAACAGCGAUUUUGGUGAACAUUUUGUAUUGUGUAAUAAAAAAUAAUAAUAAUAAUUUAAAAAACAUAACAAAACAAAAAACAACACAGGCUGUAUUAAAAAAAAAAAACUCAGACAAGAUUACAUUUAACAGAUUUACCAUCAAAAAGGUGCAGCUAAGACUUUCAAACAAAUAGCUGUUAUAAACUGCAACCGUUUUUACGAUUUCUAAUUCCAACCUGUUUAGAAAAUCCAUGAAUAUUAGAAAAUGUAUUUUACAAUGGAAGAUCUGCAGAUCUGCAAUUAAUACCCAAUACAUGUAUCCUACCAUUUGCCUUAGUAUUGAAUAUGCUGUUUACCUCACACUAAAAAUAAUGCCAGAAGCCUUAUUUGUGAUUUUGCAGUAGAAGUUUCUCUUUUAAUAUCAAAACUGAGGAAUGCUGAUUCUUAUGGGAAUCUCCAAUUCAGUUAUUUGAAGAUGAGACAACACUGAAAAUCAGAUUAUCCUGUGAGUGUCACUGUCUUUUCUCCCCUCUCAUUUCCCCCAGCAUCUACCACCUGGGAAAAUGUAAUUGAGAGAAUGUGGCUUUUUUGCAUAGUGUCCGUUUUUGUGGUGGGAAAGAAUGUGAAUUAGGUUUUUGUUUAAAUUUUGGUAAAUUUUUAUCUGUACACAAAUUCAAAUAAAAUCCUUUGUUUUGUAAACUCUAA